UUCAGUUCGUCGUGUGUCUCGUUCAAUCAAUGCUUUUUUUCUGUGGUGUGGGGUAGUAGUGUGGCGUGGACGAAUUUCUAGUCGAAUAAAAUUAUAAAUCUCAUCAAAGUACACCUGGUACAGGUUGUACAAUUAAAAUGGCGAAUGAACUUAAGGAAAUUGCUGAUAUCGUUAAAAAAUGCAAAAUUUUGCUUUUGGACAUCGAAGGGACAACAACAUCGAUCAGCUUUGUUAAGGAUAAGUUGUUCCCGUAUGCGGAGGAGAAGGUGCAGCAGUUCCUGGAGGGCCAAUGGGAUGAUGCAGAAGUAAAACAGGCGGUGGCCGCGCUCCGGCAGCUCGCGAUAGAGGACAAGGAGAAGAGCGUCGAAGGAGUCGUCGCUAUACCUGGAGAGGAUGCGAAAAAGGAGGAGCAGAUCGAAGGGUUGGUGAAGAGUGUUAAGUGGCAGAUGUCCAUCGACCGCAAGGCGGGGCCGCUCAAGCAGCUGCAGGGCCUUAUCUGGAAGCAGGGCUACGAUAACGGCGAUAUUAAAGGACAUGUUUACGACGAUGUGUCAGCGGCCCUCGAGCAAUGGAAGUCAGUCGAGGGUCAGAAGGUGUACAUCUAUUCUUCUGGGUCGGUUCAGGCGCAGAAGUUACUCUUCGGUCAGUCGCUGGCGGGGGAUCUGCUGCCUCACAUCGAGGGCCACUUUGAUACUGCUGUCGGCGCUAAGCAAGAGCCCGCCAGUUAUACUGCAAUCGUCGAGAAGAUUGGCUGCAAACCUGAUGAAAUACUCUUUCUCACCGAUAUCCUUAAAGAGGCGGAAGCAGCGCGCGGUGCCGGCCUGCACGCGGCGCUGGUCAGCCGCGAGGGCAACGCGCCGCUGCCCGCGCAGCCCGCGCCCUUCCCCGUGCUGCACAGCCUGGCGCAGCUCGCCUCCAACAAGCGCAAGACUGACGCACAGGAAGAACUACCCUCUAAGAUUGCAAAAACUGACAAUGGAGACGAUGUAAAGUCGUUAACAGACAAACAGUCCACUGAAACGAAAAACGAAGAAACGGUAGUUACCGGUACUUCAGAGACAGCGGAGAAGAUGGAAGUAGAGGAAGUAUCCGCGCCCGCAGAGACAAUUAAAGAACAAAAAGCCGAUGAAAAGAAAGAAGAGCCCACACCCGCUGCGGUGGAAACGACUGUUGAAGAAGUUACUGACGCUAAUGUAACUGAUAUUCCUAUCGCUGACGUUGAACCUAUUAUUGACGAACAAGUUGAUAAGACUGAAACUGAAGAGACUGUUGAAAAAAUGGAGACUGAUUCUACCGAAAAAGAAGAAUCAGCGACAGUGCCAAAAGGAGAAGAUAAAGUUGAGACUGAAGUAGAGAAGGAGCCCAAAGAGCCUGCUCCCAUCGUUGAAGAAUCCCCGCCUACUGUUAUCACAGAAAUCGAAGAAGUAACAAAUGAAAAAGCUAUAGGAGAAGCGGAAGAAAUUAUCGAUGAUAUCGAACCAGUCGUCGAAGAGCCCACUUCUACUGAAGAUAUGGAAGUAUUGCAAAGUGUCGGCGAAGUACUGGAGAAGGAGUGUGAUGAGAUAUUAUCAAAAGUUCAAAACGUCACUAAUCUAGACACAAUACCGGUGAAACCAUUACUUACUCCGAUAACCGAGGAAACCAUGGAAACGUCGACUUUAGAUAACGACAUAGUUGAUAGAAUAUUAGACACGGAAUUAGAUCUUGAAAUGAAAAAAUGUGAAGAUGCCGAGAGUAAUGCAGCAGAAGAAACUAAACCGACGACUGAACCAAAGUCAGAAAUCGUACAAGAGAAGGAACCAGUCCCCGAAGAGGUUAGUAAUGCUGAAUCGGCAAAAAUACCAGAAGAGAAAGCACCCGAAACAAAUGAAGAAAGUAAGGAGAAAAUCACAGACAAAGAGGUGCCAAAUGUCAGUAAAACAGAGACGAAAGAUGAAAGUAAAAAGGAGGAAACCAAAGCGGAAACAAACACAACUGAAGUUGAGAAAACCACAGCGCCUGUAGACGAAACUGCAGAACAGAAGUUACCCGAAAUAAGUCCAGAGAAUGAUAAAAAUGUUCCUGUUGAAUCGAAAGAUAACAUCAUAGCGGAGGAAGUCAAGACAGAGACCGAAACAAUGGAGGCACAACUUAACGGUAAAACAAAUGGAGAAUCUGAGGCUGUUAGUUUGAACGGCGACGUUAGCAAAGACGAGGAAUUAAGUUCUCGAUUGUCAGCCGAGAAUGGUAAGGAGGAGGAAGUUAAUGGUUCCAACGGGGAUGCUGUGGCUACUGAAAAUGUGGAAGAAGAGAAGAAAGUGGAGGGCGACGUGUCCGAUAUUAAAGUGAAGACAGUUCCCACUGAGGAGCCUCGCACUGAUCCUAUAGAGCAACCUACGGAAGCGUAAAAUAGUGUGUGCGGCACAGUCUCCAGAGCGUCGUAGCGUUGGCUCACAUCAGAUUGUCAAGACUGAGGUUUUGCUUCCACGCUAACGGACAACAUUUCCUAGUUCUAUGUAAUACGUGUAUUGAGAUUUGACCGUGUACCCGCGUGACGACCGCCUCCUACAGGGUGUUUCAUUUUGCGCCGAUCGGCCCAAUGGGAAAAAAUCUCAGUGGUUCAAACGAUCAGUGGGCCGGUCGGCCCAACGGGAAAUACCUUGUGCACACCCCGGCCCCCCCUACUCCCCACAAUAGUCUACCACAAGUCGCUUACUUAAUACUACCCAGUAAAUAAUUACCUAGUAAGUAUAAUUGAGUAAGGUAUGUCUAAGCUAUGUUUAAAUUGUAUUUAAAAUUUGACCACCCACUAUCUGAUUUGUCUAAUACGGAUUUUCGUUUAUAUGCCAAUUAAGAUAAGUCCUAUGUGACUUAGCUUGAAUUUUGAUAUUUAUUUUUAAAAUAAUAUUUAUAUGACAUAUUUUUACAUAACAAAACUUUGACGGUACUUAACUAAUUUAAAGAGUUAGUUUUUUUUUUCAGUCAACAUAAUUAGACCUUUUUGUCAUAAUGUCGGUUGUCUGUCUGUUGAAGACAAAUCAGAUAUUGUACGGAAUUUAUAGAAUAUCAGUAUUUGUCGUUAGUUUAAUUUAGGUGUAGUCUAGACAUUUCGUAUUCUAAUUAUAUUUUGUAUCCAUUUUUAUUCUAUAC